AUGGCGUGGAAGAGACUCCUCUACCUCGCGCAGCCGUACCCAGACAACUACACAGAUCCAUGUUUUUUAUCGCAAAUUAAACGAAAUACGACUGUUGCCAAGUACUCGUAUUGGCACCUAGUAGACCAUUUUUCGUUGAUUGUGCUUCAUUUGGCUACUGUUGUGCUAGUGGAGCUCACGUUCUUGGGCAUAUAUGAUCGUGGAUGGGAUCCAGUGGUGCCAAUGGUCAUUGCAGCGGCUGGUGUAGUUGUUGGAAUGGUAGCAUGGGAUACAGUAACUGGUAAAAAAACGCCCCCCCUGACCAAAAACUCGCCAAAAAUUAAGACUGACAAGUGGAACACGGUGCGGUCAGUUCUCGUGGUCAUUCUUAUUGUUCUCGUGCUUUCUCCAGUUUUAAAGUCGCUUACAAGAUCAACGUCCUCAGACUCAAUAUGGGCACUUUCGCUCAUUCUUUGUUUGUUCAAUAUGCUCUGCCAUGAUUACGCCAUGGACCCUCAUUUGGCAGCGUACCGACCCAUUUUGUCCACAAACUUGUCGCUUCUGAACGCAUUGGUUCUUGCUUCUAGAUUGUCGUCGUCUCUACAUGUUUUUUGUUUCGUUGUUUUUGCCGCUGUGGUCAACAUUUUGGUUCCACUCUUUGACGUGGGGAUCCGCAGAAGCAACCCAAACUCUCGUCUUCAUCACAUUGUGCUUUUCCUGUUUUAUUUGGCGGUUUGUGUUGCAACCAAUAAUUUAUUCGGACCAGGUUUGGUGUUAGUGUGGUUGAUGACAAUGGCUGGAAUUGCAUUGAUGCUUCCCGCGUACUUCUUGUGGGUCCAGCAGUACAAAAACGAGCUCCAGGGACCUUGGGAUCCCGCCAAACCGAUCAUUCGUAGACAAGAUAGUUGA